GCGGUCCCCGCUCUGGCCUGCAGUUUCCCGGGCUGCGGGGGCUGGGAGCUUCGGCUUCCGCGGCCGGUCUGGCUAGUCGCACCCCCUGGGGGAAGCGCUGGACUGUUAUUUUGGGAGGGCUCCUGGUCCCCUAGGGUUUAUGAGAUUAGAGUCUAAUCAUUAGACCCAGCGACUCCCUCCGGGAACGGGAGGGCGGCCGGGUCCUAGUGCCCGCUGGCUCCCCGGGGCCGGGGCUGUGGGGUAGGCGGAGGCUGCGGCCCACGCUGAGAGGGACCGCGCCGCGUGAAGCCGUGCGCGGGGCGCUGAUGGCCGGACGCAUCUUGGGGAGGACUUUAGCCACCGUGUCUCUCUCUGUGGCCUUGGCCUCUGUGACUGUCAAGUCCUCGGGCCCUUGCGGCAUCCCGGAGUGCAGAAGCUCAUUUUCAUCGUGUGGGUUUCAUCUUAACUCCAAUAUCAUGUCUGGUUCUAAUGGUGCUAAAGAGAAUUCCCACAAGAAGGCUCGGACAUCUCCUUACCCAGGUUCAAAAGUUCAACGCAGCCAGGUUCCUAAUGAGAAAGUAGGCUGGCUUGUUGAGUGGCAAGACUAUAAUCCUGUGGAAUACACUGCAGUCUCUGUCUUGGCUGGACCUAGGUGGGCAGAUCCUCAGAUAAGUGAAAGUAACUUUUCUCCCAAGUUUAAUGAAAAAGAUGGGCAUGUUGAGAGAAAGAGCCAGAAUGGCCGGUAUGAGAUUAAAAAUGGAAGACCUAGAAACCCUGCAGGACGCACAGGAUUGGUUGGCCGAGGGCUUUUGGGGCGAUGGGGCCCAAAUCAUGCUGCAGAUCCCAUCAUAACCAGGUGGAAAAGGGAUAAAAGUGGAAAUAAAAUCACCCACCCCAUUUCUGGGAAAAACAUCUUACAGUUUGUUGCAAUCAAAAGGAAAGACUGUGGAGAAUGGGCAAUUCCAGGGGGAAUGGUGGACCCAGGAGAGAAGAUUAGUGCUACACUGAAGAGAGAAUUUGGUGAGGAAGCUCUCAACUCCUUACAGAAAUCCAGUGCUGAAAAAAAACAAUUAGAGGAACAGUUGCACAAACUCUUCAGUCAGGAACACCUAGUGAUAUAUAAGGGAUAUGUUGACGAUCCUCGGAACACUGAUAAUGCAUGGAUGGAGACAGAAGCUGUGAACUACCAUGAUGAAACAGGUGAAAUAAUGGAUAACCUCACCCUCGAAGCUGGAGAUGAUGCUGGAAAAGUGAAGUGGGUGGACAUCAGUGAUAAACUCAAGCUUUAUGCUAGUCACGCUCAAUUCAUCAAACUUGUGGCAGAGAAACGAGAUGCACACUGGAGUGAGGACUCUGAAACUGACUGCCACGGGUUGUAGCUCACAGCCUCAUGUAAGCCAAAGGCCAACAGAGGAGCAUGUACUGCAAAGAAGGCAAUAUCACAGAACUCAGACGAGCAAGCAGGGUUGGUAACUUGGAAAUUAUUUUAUUCACUUUUAAAACGAUUUUUUUUCAUGUAGAAGAUUUUACAUCAGAAUAAAAUUAGUAAAUAUGGUGAAAUAUAACAUGGUAUUUUCUGCUUUCCAGUCAAAAGAAAUAUAAACAGUCAUAUUUUAUAUAUAUUCGAUUUAAGCAUGCUUUUAACCAAAUUUAAACAGCUUCGAUGCUGUGAAGAAUUGUAAUCUGAAUAAAGAUAAAUUUCUGAUGAGCCCUGACUUCUGCUUUCCAUCUGGUUCUUGUUUGUCAGUUUUUUUUUUCUGUUCCCCUUGCUCUUCUGUGGUCUAAAGGGGUGUUCCUGCCACAUCAAAUUCCUUUAGGAGGAGCACCACCAUCAUGCAAUCUGAAUUAUCUUUUAAUUAUUGGCUUUACAUCUUGCUUUACAUGUACUUGUUGAAGCUGAUUUAAAAAAUGGAAACUUUAUUUUUGUCUUUAGAGCCGUCAGUUUUAUGAGGAAAUUUCAGCCCUCUUUUAAUUAAUAAAGAUCAAUAAAUAA